GCUCGGAGGUGCGGGUCACGCUGGACCAUAUCAUCGAGGACGCACUCGUCGUGUCGUUCCGCCUUGGGGAGAAGCUCUUCUCCGGGGUCCUCAUGGACCUGUCCAAAAGAUAGGAAGUGCAGAGACUCCCAUUCAUGGCUCUCCAUUCUGUUUCCUGCAACAGCACACACACUUGGUGUCUCACCUGUUUGGAAAUGGCUUAGUAGUAUGUUUUACUUAUUUACUUCUGUGUGGUGCUGGGGAUCGUUAAACACAAGGCCUUGUCCAUUUUGCUAAGUAAGCAUUGUACUACUACUGCCCUGCAUCCUCAGCCCUACUAUGUUUUACUUCAUGUAUUUAUUUUUGUAGUACUGGGGAUUAAACCCAAGGCCUCCUUCCUGCAUGCUAGGCAAGCACUCUACAAAGCACUACACCCCCAGCCACCCUUCCUUCAUGUUUUCUUCUUUUUGAGACAUGGCCUGGGUUAAGUUGCCCAUGCUUGUCUUGAUCCUGCAGCCACCCUGCCUCAGCCUCUCCCAAAUAGUACUGGUAUGACGGGCAUUUGCCAUCACACCCUGUCUGGCUUAUGCUUUGCUUUUUGUUCUUUGAUCUCUCAUCAAGAUAUGGGACUCUUUCCCCAAGGGGGAACAGCUAUGUACAAUUCAUACUGGAAUAUGGUGCUUGGGGGUAAAUCAGUGGGAGCUUGCACAGUUGCUCUUUAUGUUGUCCAGUCUGAGGGUUUUUGUUUUGCUUGCUUUCAUUCUUUUAGUGACUUUGGGUUAGUACUUGCAUUUGCCUUUGUACUUUAGUUUUCAUAGUUAGAAAGCAGAAUGAGACAAGUGUGCUUUCUGCUGCUGUAUUUAAUAGCAAGAGAGCCACUCUAAUGUGUAUGCUAUUGAAUUAAACAGAAGAGGAGGCCAGUGAUUGUGUGAGAAUCUGAAUUUCAAAUCUGCAAAAGAAAGGUGCCAAAAGAGACCAUGAACGUAUAGGGCAAUAGCCCUGUUUUGGUGGGAAAAAUAUCCAGCCAGUGGUGGAGCAGUUUGGGCCCCAUGGGAUCCCUGUGACAGUAUUUCCCAAAAGGGAAUAUAAGGAUAAACCGGAAGCCAUGCAGCUCCAAAGUAACACAUUCCAAGAAGGGAUAGAAGUCAAGCGGGAAGUGAAUGGUGCUGUUCCCCAUGACCCUUCUCCAGUCCUGCCUCCUGAGUUGAGCUUAGCUGAAAGCCUGUGGACUUCCAAACCACCUCCUCUCUUCCAUGAAGGAGCACCUUAUCCUCCCCCGUUGUUUAUCAGGGACACAUAUAACCAAUCAAUACCUCAGCCGCCUCCUCGGAAAAUUAAGCGACCCAAACGAAAAAUGUACAGGGAAGAACCCACUUCAAUAAUGAAUGCUAUUAAACUACGGCCCAGGCAAGUCCUGUGUGAUAAGUGUAAAAACAGUGUUGUUGCAGAAAAAAAGGAAAUUAGAAAAGGCAGUAGUGCAAGUGACUCUUCUAGGUAUGAAGAUAAAAGACGGAGAAAUGAAAGUGUAGCUACUGUGAACAAAAAGCUGAAAACUGACCAUAAAGUGGAUGGUAAAAACCAAAAUGAAAGCCAGAGAAGAAGUGCGGUGGUUCGGGUUUCCAGUAUUGCUCACAGCAGAGGCAGAGUAGUCAAAGUUGCUGCUCAGGCAAAUACAUCAAAAGCUCAGUUGAGCACUAAGAAGGUGCUGCAGAGCAAGAACAUGGAUCAUGCGAAAGCUCGGGAAGUACUGAAGAUUGCCAAAGAGAAGGCGCAGAAGAAGCAAAGUGAAACUUCCACUUCUAAAAAUGCACACUCAAAAGUCCACUUCACACGUCGGUAUCAGAAUCCUAGCUCAGGUUCCCUCCCACCCCGGGUUCGAUUAAAACCACAGAGGUACAGGAAUGAAGAGAACGACUCUUCUCUGAAGACAGGACUCGAGAAAAUUCGGAGUGGCAAGCUGGCAUCCAAACCGCAGUCUCGCUGCACCUCCACCCGCUCAGCAGGUGAGGCCCCUUCAGAAAAUCAGAGUCCCUCAGGCCCAGGAGAGGCCACCAGUGAGGUUCAGGACACAAGCGAAGUGCAUGUGCCUGGUGAGCAGGAUGAACCACAGACAUUGGGCAAAAGGGGCAGCAAAAGCGAUCUCUCUGUGUACCUGACCCUAAAUCAAAAGAAACCUGACUCCUCCAGUGCUUCCGUGUGUAGCGGUGAUAGCAGGGAUGGUCUGAAAUCUUCCAGCUCUGAGUGUAGCUCUUCUGAAAGCUUUGCUUUUCCUCCAGGCAGUAUGCAUGCACCUUCCGCCUCCUCGGCUUCCUCCUCCUCAAAGGAAGAGACAAGGCUCAGUAAUUCCUUGAAAAUGGAAAUCUUUUCCAAAAACGUCUCUAAGUGCAUCACACCAGAUGGCAGGACCAUAUGUGUAGGGGACAUUGUUUGGGCGAAGAUAUAUGGCUUCCCUUGGUGGCCAGCCCGUAUUCUAACCAUAACUGUGAGUCGGAAAGAUAACGGCCUUUUAGCCCGACAGGAGGCCCGUAUUUCAUGGUUUGGGUCUCCAACAACAUCUUUCCUUGCUCUUUCGCAACUCGCCCCCUUUCUAGAAAACUUCCAGUUACGCUUUAAUAAGAAGAGAAAGGGCUUGUAUCGCAAGGCUAUAACGGAGGCAGCUAAGGCUGCUAAGCAGCUGACCCCUGAAGUGCGGGCUCUGUUGACACAGUUUGAAACAUGAACAGUAAGGUAGGCAAGAACCAUUGGAAGCCACCAUUACCAGUCUUGUUAGGAUAGAUUUCUACAAAAUAGCUUGGCCAAACUGGAGAGAGAAAUAGCACUCAGUUGGCUUUUUAUACUUACUGUAUAGCCAUUUUUAGAUUAAGAAGUUUAGAACUGAACAUGCGAUCAAAUUUGGUCUUAAGGAAGUGAGAUUUUCGUAGUAUUUUCCAGUUUUUGAAAUCUAAACCAUCUCAAGGCAUAGAAGCCAUACCUUCAACUGAAACUGAAUGUUUGCAGGGACUGUUAAUUGCCAUUUGUACUAUUACCUAUUGUGUGUGUGUGUGUAUAUAUAUGUAUGUAUGUGUGUGUAUAUAUAUAUAUACACACACACACACAUAUAUAUUACAUACACAAAACUAUUGCCUGUCACUAUGUGACACAGGUUGCAUAUUUUGGUUUUUAGUAAGGGCUGGUGAGCUGGGGGAACAGUAGAUAUUUAAUGACUACUUGUUUUUAUAAUUAGUGAACACUUAGACUUUCUAUGCACAUAAAGGUGUACAAUUUUGAUAAUUGGGCGUUUGAAAAACUGAUGCUUACUGCUUGUUUAGUUACAGUAUUUGGGAUUAAAACUGUCAAGACUGGACAGGUCUGAGUCAUCACUCUCUUGUCCAGUGGGGAUAUAAGAGACUUUCAAACUUCUGCUGGGGAGUUUAGAUAGGUUUUAUUUGGGGAAAAUAGCUAGUUGAGUGCUACAUUUGGUCAGACUUCUCCUGACUGGCUCUUGCUAAAUUCUUAGGAUACGUCCUAGUAAAUUACACUUUGUGAAUUAAAUGUCAUGUGUAAUUGUUGAAUUUUGGAUGUACCUAAUUUGAUAAUUUUUAAGAAUUUUCAUUUAAGGUAUCUGUUUGCAGGUCAGAAAAUGAGAAAAUGUAAUUGUGUAAUGCAUUGAAAUGUAAAAAAAAGAAAAAAAAAACCCAAAAAAGCUGUAAAUAAAAUCAACUAAAUCCAAAAUAUUUGUGUGUGUUUCUCAAAAAGCUUUGAAAAAUUUCAAUAUGGUAGAAAAUUAUUCUUUGUAAUAAUCAUUAGAAAAGGUGAGACUCAAGCUUAGUUUACUACUAGUAUGCCCUGCCAAGAAAUAUCUGAGGAUAAAAUUCAGAUAUCAAGAAGUAUGUUCUUUUAAAGGGAGGCUUUUGAAGUCUGAUAUACUUCUAGGUUUGAUAUUCCUACCAGUUUCUCAUAAAUGUUUCUGAUUUUUCAUUUCUAGCCUUGAUAUUUCAUCUUUUUUUUUUUUUUUUAAAUCAAAGUACAUUUAGGUAGUCGAAAUGGGUCUGCUCUGUUUGGUCUUCUGCCUCAGGUAUCUUUGCUUUUGGGGCUAGUAACUUCCUGUUUUUUCUGUAUGGUCCAUCUGGCCCUAUGCUUUGAGUUCUUUCUUUCUUUCUUUUUUUUUUUUCUUUUUUUGGUAUU